UUACACAACUUUCUUGGUUGUUUGAAAGUUGUGCAAAAAGGUCGUGAAAGAAUUAUUUUUUCGUACUGUUUUUGUUGUUGUUGUCUUGAUUUUCUAGUGUCUCUGCUUCAUCUUUUUUCGUCUUUGGUUUGCAUUCAUCUACACCAUUAAUUCUGCCCAUCACGUUUCAAAUUGAUUGUCCAUCACGUACAUUUCAAGAAUUUAAUGCAUUCAUCCAUGCAACCGUUUGAAUUGAAGUUGUCCUUGGCAUAGAAAUUAAUUCUGUUACUUUCUGUAUAUGCUAUGCCAGAUGGGCAUUAAAGUUAGUUUCACCAAUAAAAAACAACAUUUAAUUGAAUUAGAGAAAUAAUUAAAAAAAAAUUGAUAUUUAGUGGUUUUGAAAAAAGCUCAACGUGAAUGCUUGAACACGUACUCCAUGAUUUUGACCGUCCAAGAUCAUAUAUAGUUUGAUCCAAACCCGUUGAGAGAAUGUGUGUAUAGAAGCUACCCUCUCCAAACACCAACCAAUCACUAAAUCCAUUACCGAAAAACUGUCAUCUUUUUAGGAGUUGCAACAGAAACCAUACUAUAAUAGGUCAAGAUUUGUAUGUAUAUAUACAUACAUACUGGCCGGCCUGGAAGAGAAGGAGCAACAUAUAUGAUCAUUUAGAACAAGACAAAAAACACCCAUGUCAAAUACCGUACUUUUGCUUUGUGUUCUGAGUCUAUCCCAGCUGGCUCUUGUUUCCUAUGCCGAAUCCAUCGCUCCGGUCUUCAUUAAGCUCCACAACGCCGCCCGUCAAGAGGUUGGGGCUGGUCUUGGUGCCUUAAAGUGGAACUCAACCCUGCAAUCAUACGCCGGUGCUUACGCUCGACACCAGAGAUCCAACGGUUGCAAGCAUGUCCACUCCCAUGGGCCUUACGGUGAGAACAUUUACUGGGGCUACGGUGAGGGGUGGAUGGGCCCGGAGGCUGCGAUGAGAACGUGGGUUGACGAGGAGAAGGACUAUUACGAUUACAACAGCAAUUCUUGCUUGCACGGGAAGGACUGCUUGCAUUACACCCAAGUGAUAUGGAAGAAGACCAAGCAGCUAGGUUGUGCUGUCGCUAAUUGCCCGGAUGCUUCAGUCUUCAUCACCUGCAACUAUUAUCCUCCUGGUAAUUAUAUAGGACAAAGACCAUACUGAAGAUGCCAUAGCUAGCCAGGAAUCGCUAAAAUCAUAUUAAUUGAUUUUAGCUAGUUUUGAUAUACAUACGUAGUCCAUAUUCAAUAUUUGAUGUAGAAAGUUUUAUAAUAUUAAUUAAAUAAUUAAAUCAACUACC